UGAAAUUGAAAUUAUUCUUCUCAUGUGUACUUGUUCCAAAGGUUCCAUGACUUCCAAGUUCCAUAUCCACAGCUGGGCCGUUCAAUAUUCAACGUAAAAAACUUGGUACUGUCGCAAGUAGAUACUUACUUGUUGCUUCCUAGCUUCUUUUUCAAUGCUCCUUCCGACAUCCACGCCUUGAGUAGCUAUCUUAUGCAUUUUUACAUACAGACCCGGUACCAUGGUUGCAGUACUGAAGCUCUGCAGGGAGAUAAGAUAUACUGAUAACACGGGUGUCGGUUGGUUUGUUAUCAUCCCUUUCAAUUUCAAUUUCAUUUACAUAAAUUAUUUUUAUUGAAAAGACUUUCGAGUUUCGUGUUUUGUUUUAAUUUUGAAUGAAUUGUCCCAAUUUGAAAUAUUUUGGUUAAUUAUCUUUAUUUUUCAAAAAUAUGUGAUGAAAAGUCGUCCAAUUUCUGUUUCAUCGUAACAUUGCGAAAUAUUGAUGGAUAGUAACAAUUCGGUAACUCUACGAAGUGUACAGAACGGUUCAAAAUGCAUAAAAUUGAACGAUGGUUCGGUGUUUCAAUUAGGAAGAAAUCAUGAUACGCAAAUAACAGAUACGAGAUGUUCUCGAGUACAGUUGUUAGUCUCUGCCGAUGUGAAAAAUUGUGAAUUGGUUGUUGAACAAGUUGGUAACAACCCAUCAGCAAUAAACGGAGUAAAGCUCAAAAAGGGAGAAAAACGUAAAGCUGUCCAAGGUGAUAUCAUCGAAGUAUUAGCAUCCGACCAUUUAUUCAAAGUUGAAUUCCCGAAUUCUUCUCGCAUGGAGUCCACUAAGCUUGAUAAAAUUGAGAAUGGUGCAUCACCCGUUAAGAAAACUUCGAAAACGAGCGGUACUUUGGAUUAUUUUUUGAAAAAUUCAGCCCUGAAACAAGUAGGAUGUUGGGAAUGUGUUACUCCGGAUAGUUUAUACGUGUUUUCAUCAGAUGGUAUCAAAAGUAAAGAGAAGAUAGCCGCAUUUGAUUUAGACGGCACCAUAAUCACAACAUUGUCAGGGAAUGUAUACCCGAAAGAUCCGAAUGACUGGAAAAUUGCGUAUGCUAAUGUGAUAGAAAAAUUGAAAGAAUUGCAUGGUGAUGAUUACAAAAUAGUAUUCUUCACCAAUCAAGGUGGUAUUUCAAGCGGUAAACUAAAAGUAUCUGAUUUUAAGAAAAAAGUCGAAGCGAUUGUAAGAAAAAUUAAUUUACCUGUGCAAGUCUUCGUCGCCGGUAGAGACGACAUUUGUCGAAAACCUCGUCCAGGAAUGUGGAAUUGUUUAGUGAAGAAUAAAAAUGACAAUAUUCCUGUGAAUUAUGAAGAAUCGUUCUUUUGUGGCGACGCAGCCGGAAGACCGGCGAAUUGUGAACCGAAUAAGAAAAAGAAAGAUUUUUCGUCUUCAGAUCGAUUAUUCGCUAUAAAUUUGAACUUGAAAUUUUACACGCCGGAAGAAUAUUUUUUGGGAUGGAAACCGGCGCCGUUUAAGUUACCUGAGUUUUAUGCGAAAAAUUUGAAAGAUACUUCUUUACUUGAACCAGAAGGUGCUAAAUUAACGGCUGAUUCCACCGAGAUAAUAGUCAUGAUCGGAAGUCCAGGUUCAGGGAAAACAUUCUUUUCUAAAACCUACCUAGAAUCUGCAGGAUAUGUUCAUGUGAAUCGAGAUACUUUGAAAACUUGGCAAAAAUGUGUGAAAUUGACGCAACAAAGUGUUGCCAAUAAAAAAUCGGUUAUUGUAGACAAUACAAGUCCCGAUAAAGAAUCUAGAGCUAGGUACAUCAACGUAGGAAAAGAAUUCAAUGUUCCUGUGAGAGCUUUCUGGAUGAAUGUUUCAUUGCAUCAUGCUAAACAUAAUAACACCUUCCGCAAGAUCACUGAUACUACUCACGAAAUCAUUCCUAAUUACUCAUUAAAUCAUUUUUCAAUGGAACCGCCGGACUUGAGUGAAGGAUUUACUGAGAUAGUUCGAGUUAAUUUUGUACCGAAAUUUAAUAAUGACGAAGAAGAAAAGCUUUAUUACACUUAUUUAUUAGAUUAGCGUUAACGAGCUUAAACAUGGGUAAUCAUAUGCUCAAAUUCGUGCCUUGGGGUUUUCAUCUUAAAGAUGACCAAUGUAUUUCUCGUGAUUUCCAUUUUAUAUUUCUGGCAGUGAACUUUUGUAUUUCUCCUUCAAUUCUUCAUUAUAUUUUCUUAUGAAUUCUGCAGUUUGAUCUUUUAUUGAUUCGUAAUUCAUUUUAUUUUGUUUCUCUCCGUAAUGUAUUCGUAUUAUCUUGUAUAAUUACCGCGAGUUUGCGCUUUAAAGCUUGUAGUUGUUUAUGUGUUUCAUUUGCGUUCAGUUUUUUCUAUAAAUUGUCCACAAUGUUUCAAUUUUUUUACCAAUAAUAAAGUAUGUAUGAAUGUCUUUUUAAAUGCUGUGUGACGGAUAAAAUUAUAAAUUUUUUCAACUGAA